CCCCCGGGCCUUAGUUUGUCCAUGUUUGUAUAAACCCAUUACACGACACAUUAUGCGACUUCCGAAGUCCGAACGUAAUAUCUUCAAGAUCUAUCACACAACAUUGAACUAUUCUUAGAAAUAUAUAUUUAUUCUAGUGUCAUCAAAGAAACAGUACAAACAACAAGAUUUUACAGCUAUGCCAACAAAUGCAGCCACAUAAAAAGUGAACACUUGCAGGGUUUACAUAUUUAAAUUCUAAACUAUAACAGGUGGCAUGUAAAUAAAUUCUGUGAAAGAACAAGAGACCACUGUCUGUCUACCAAACCAGAACACGCCCUGAACGGACGCCAAGGUUUCUUCCAUGGUAUGAACUCAUACUCGUCAUUUUGACACGGCCACCGAGGGAGAGAGGGAGAGCGAGAGAGAAUCCUGUUCACUAUGGAGGAGUUCCACAUAAACUCCUCAUCCUUCAACUACACCGACAGAGAGGAGACAAUAUACGAGCAGUGCAGACACAUGCCCACCGUCCUCAUCUGGUACCUGACCCUGCAGUUCAUCAACAUGUUCCUAGGUAUCCCGGCCAACCUCAUGGUGCUGUGGCACAUCCACAAGAACAGAAGUGACUCCUCCACCAUCGACAUCUAUAUCCUCCAGCUAGCCGUGUUAGACGUGUUCUUCUGCCUCAUCCCUCCUCUUGAGCUGACCAACAUCGUCUUCCUGACCACCAGCAGUACCUGGUACGUCCUUCGCUUCUUCUACGGCAUGAAAGACACCUCGCCUCUGUUCCUGUCCUGCAUCUGCCUGGACCGCUAUAUCGCCGUGCUGCAUCCGAUCACCUUCACCAGGCUUAAAGACCGGCAGCACAGGGCAGUCCUGGUCAUAGUGGUCUGGCUCAUCAUUCUGGCCUACGCCGCAGCUAAAUGUGUGGGCAACAUCCCCAACUUUGAGAAGGUCUUCACAUGGAUGAUUCUUGCAACAUUUGCCUUCAUGCUCUUCUGCAACAUCGCCAUCCUGUGGGCGCUACGGCAGUCUGGUCCAGGCAGAGACGAGAUGCACCCCAUGAAGAAGAAAGCCUUCAAAUUUGUUCUCAUCAUCCUGGCCAUCAUAGUCUUCAACUACGUAUUACCAGUGGCGCUGCUUUUCUGUCACGACUAUUUUUCUCCAGAAGUGUUCCACUACUACAUUUCCUACGUGGCCUAUGGGCUGAUGGACUUCAGCAGCACCAUCCAGCCGGUUCUCUAUCUCUCCAAGGAAAAGAUACCACGGAACCUUCACUGUUGUCAACCCUAACUUGAUCUCGAGUCCGAAGACGAGGUUCCCCUUUGAUGCGUUCCCUUACUCCUAAAUAAUUAGAUAAUAUCAUGAAAUACAAAUGUCCACAUGAAGUGGAACACAAGAGCAUUUUUCUCUGGUUAGACUCCACCGUCCAAAACCCUGGAGAAGAAGACUUAGUACUCACCCUGUCGCCUCUAUUCACCUCUAUUCCUCUAUUAUGCAAUUUUAUUUAAAAUCUUAUAAGACCAGGUGUGGGCAAUCUUUUUGACUCGCGGCCCACAAUUCUCUUAAAAUUGAACGGGGGUGGGGGCUGAGUCAGGAGCGAAUAGAUAAAGCGUUCAUGAGAACUAAGAUAAAUGACAUGUAAAAGUCAUGCAAAAAGGCUAACAUGCUGUUGUCAUUUUCUACUCCAACUAUUGAGGAAACGUGGGUAUUGCAGGGAAGAGGCAGAAGUAUAAUGACAAUAAAAAUAAAUUAUAUAAUUUGGAAAAGUUCAUCUGGCCCCAGAGCCUUAGUUUGCCCAUGUCUGUAUAAGACCAUUACACGACACACGACAGACUUCCGAAGUCAACUAACUUUGGAAUGACGCCACAUUCGAUGUGGCGUCAUUCCAAAGUUAGUUUGAUUUUACGACCAUCUACUGAAUCGAAGGUUACGGCGUACGUUAAUAUGUAGCAUCAUCAGCGUAUGUUUCUAUGUUUCUGGGCUUUGGGGAAAAGUACCUCUAAAGAACGGAUGUCCAAUAU